UCAUGUAUUUUCCAAACCAAAAAGAUGGAAAAAAAGGCUGAGCUGCAGAAACAAUUGCAGAAGACGCGAGAGGAAGCGGACGCGUGGUCGGCGGUUUUGACUCCGUCAGAGGAAGUGAUGAAAGGACUGAGGAGUCAAAGAGACGAGCUGAGUCUGCAGCUGGAAGAGAUGGAGAGAGAGAGGGAGGAGAACAAGAAAAAGGUUCAGUCAGUGGAGAAAGAGAUAGACGAGAGAGAGAGAGAAAAGGCCACCGACAAAACAGAAGGAUACCUGAGAGAAAAACAAAACCUUUUCAGCGCUCAGUGGAAACUGGAGAAGAGAAAAGAAGAACUGGAGAAACAGCAGCUCAACACAGAAAAACUUCUGCAGAAAACAGAAAGUUUAACGGCAACAAUAAAAGAGAGGAAGCGAGGAGUCGAGAACCACAUGGAGCUGAUUCACCUGCAUUUAGAGGAGUUAGAAAAUCAGCAUGACCUGUUAAACUCACCGUAACUGAUGGCAGCAAGACCUGGCCCUCAUUACAGUAAUACUCUUUUCAGCACUCUCUGUUUCCUUUUUUUUUUUUAACUUUUUUUGGCAUAUUUUCAGGUAAUUUGUUGUAACUUCUUUAACUUUGGGGCUUUUUUAUCACAAAUUUUUGGGCCACAUCUUGUUAAGCUGAUGCCACUAGCUGUCCUUUUUUUAAAAAUGUACUUUUACAAAGAUUUGCUUCCUUCCUCUGUAAUAAUUCACAAUGUAUACACACAAUAUAUAUAUAUAAAAUCCUUGAUUUUAUUUUUCCUACAUUAUUUUUUUCUUUCAAAAUAAAAGCAGCAGAUCCAGCUGAGGCUUUUGUUUUUGUAUUUUAUGAAACCUAUGAACAGGAAAAUUACAGUCAAUGUAAAAUUACAAAUUUCAUGAACAUUAAACUAAAAAUGUCUCCCCUCUUUAGUUAAAAUAAAGUGGUUAAAACGGAUGUUUUCUGCAUAACUGUGCAGUGUGUACAUAGUGAAAAGUUGUGAUAUUAAACAGUUGAAUCUUGUCCAGUUAUUCAUUAACUAACGACAUACAAUCCAAAUAUUGACAUCAGAGUAGCAACCAAUGACAUUAAUAAAGGACUUUGGCCACACAGAAUUUUUAGUUUCGGGGGAGAACUGACUCCGAAAUACAACAGAACUCCAGGAUGCUUCCUCUGAUUUUUGGGCGCUUCUUUAAACUUGGCUCCUUCUGUGGUUUGGUUUUCCAGCACAUUUUGAUUCUUCUUCUUCUUCUAAUGGACUCUUAUUCAGGCCAGUCUCAGGGGCUUGGACCUUCAAAAACAAGAGUGACCUUAGUUGGUAAAGACAUUAUCCUGCCAUGCCACCUGGAGCCUGCCCUGGACGCCGUUUCUAAGAGUGUGGAGUGGGGUAGACUCGACCUGGAACCCAGAUUUGUCCACGUGUGGCACGAAAGUCAAAACAUUUUGGUCAACCAAAACCCGUCUUACAGAGGAAGGACAUCGAUGUCCGCUGAGAAACUGAAGCACGGAGACCUCUCGCUGACUCUCUCUGCGGUCAAACACUCUGAUAACGGAAAAUAUAGAUGCUACUUUCCCUCGCAGGACGAAGAAUCCAUCGUUGAGCUUGUUGUUGGUUCUGUCUCCUCGCCGCUCAUAGCAGACGUGAGUUUAAACAGCAGCAGACUGGUUCUGCAGUGUGAGUCUGCAGGCUGGUAUCCAGA